CGUACUUAUAGCAAAGAGAAAGAGAGUUUUUAGUCCUCACCUUAUUGAAGAAGAGGGAGGGAAGAGAGCAUAAGUAUACUUAUCAUCACAAUUACAGAGAGCAAGCAGCGUCGUCAGUGCGUCGUGGGUCGUACACAGGCUCACACGACUUUAACACGUUGUACAUCUCAGAUAGCGUCCAUUCCAUCAUCCAUUGGUUUCGGGCCGACGAGACAAGAGGACAAAAGCCGAAGCUCUCGCGUCAAGAGAGAGUUGCUCUGUCAUCAUCAUCCCCCUAACCUGCUCCUGCAUGUAUGCCUGAGGGCUGCUGUCGUUGUCAGGAAUCAAGGUUUUUGUUUAGGUAUAUUAUACUAUCAUCAAGUCUGUACAGUUGGUUGUGUACUUACGCCGAUAGGCCACGGGGAAAAGUGCAGUGUCCACAUAUAGGUUGUAGUAUACACAGGACCUUGAUUGUAAGCUGAAGGGAAAAAGACGAAAAAAAAGCUUGAAGGAAGAUGGUGGAGAAUCUCGAUCUGAAUUUCCCGAUCUGGGGCUUGCUGCCUAAGAAGGAGACAGGCGUCACGCAGUUCCUGGCCAAGCAUCCCGAGUACGACGGUCGGGGCACCAUCAUCGCUAUCUUCGACUCUGGAGUCGAUCCCGGAGCUCCGGGCUUGCAGGUUACGUCCGACGGAAAACCCAAAGUCAUUGAGAGAUUCGACUGCAGUGGAUUUGGCGAUGUUGACACGAGCAAAGUUGUCAAGAGUAUCGACGGAUACAUCACAGGUCUCACUGGUCGAAGAUUGAAGAUUCCCGGAUCCUGGAACAAUCCUUCUGGAGAAUUCCGAGUCGGAGUGAAAAACGCGUACCAGUUGUAUCCGGCUAAACUGCGUGAAAGAAUCGAGCCGUCCAGGAAAAAGAAACUCUGGGAGGAAGGCUAUAAAAAUUCAUUGGUCGAGGCCACGAGACAAUUACAGGAGUUUGAAUCAAAACAUCCUCAACUGUCAUCAGAGCAGGAAAAGUUGGAAAAAGAGGAACUUGAAGCUCGCGUUGAUUACUUAAAUAGCUUAGAGAAAAAGUAUGAAGAUCUUGGACCGACGUACGACUGUGUUCUUUUCAAUGAUGGUCAAGUAUGGAGGGCAUGCAUCGACACGUCGGAAAAAGGAGAUUUGGAAUCUGGUGUACUUAUUGGUGAAUACAGCCACACAAGGGAAUACAAGCCCUUGACAGUGGAAGACCAGCUCAAUAUAUCGAUAAAUGUACACGACGACGGCAACACAUUGGAAAUUGUCAGUCUUUGUUCUCCCCACGGUACUCACGUAGCCUCCAUCGCCGCGGCCAAUUUCCCCGACAACAAGGAGUUGAACGGUAUCGCACCAGGCGCGCAGAUAAUAUCCUUGACCAUCGGGGACGCGCGCAUCAGUACGAUGGAAACCGGUGCUGCAAUCGUCAGAGCGAUGAUUCGGGUGAUGACUUACAAAAAAAGGAUACACGUAAUCAACAUGAGCUACGGGGAGCGCUCGCAUUGGGCGAAUUCCGGUAGGAUCGGCGAACUCAUGAACGAAGUGAUCGACAAGUACGGCGUGGCGUGGGUCACGUCUGCCGGAAACAUGGGGCCUGCCUUGUGCACAAUCAACACGCCUCCUGAUAUAAACUCCAACAGUAUUAUUGGCGUCGGUGCUUACGUCUCGCCCGACAUGAUGGUGGCCGAGUACUCGCUGAGAGAAAAAUUACCUGGCAUGCCUUUCACGUGGUCUUCCCGUGGACCCAUGAUCGACGGCGGUCAGGGCGUUUCCGUGUGCGCGCCCGGCGGUGCUAUCACCAGUGUGCCGAAUUUCACGCUCAGAAAGUGCCAGUUAAUCAACGGAACCAGCAUGUCUAGUCCCCACGUCGCUGGUGCCAUUGCUGUUCUCAUUUCGGGUCUACUUGCACGAAACCUCAAGUACUCACCGUACAGUAUAAAACGGGCUCUGGAAAACAGCGCGCGCUUCGUCGAUACCCUCGACCCGUUUGCCCAAGGCUCGGGUCUUCUCCAGGUCGAGCCGGCCUUUGAAAACCUCGUAGCCACCGCCGAUUGCCCGGAGCGCGACGUUAAAUUUUCUAUCAAUUGCGGCGUCAAUAAUGCCAAAGGCAUUCAUUUGCGCAACGGCGUACUCGAUCGUCCGAAAGAUUACGCCAUUACGAUUGAGCCGACAUUUUUGGAUAACGACAAUGUUGAUGCCUCGCGGAAAAUCGACUUUAAUGUAAGAUUUACUUUGGUAAGCGAUGCGACUUGGGUUCAUUUCCCAACUCACUUUGAUUUGAUGCACAUGUCAAGAGCCUUUGCCAUCAGAGUUGACGCUGGUUCACUGCCAGAAGGGGUUCAUUACACAAGUAUUCGAGCUUACGAUGUUACAAACGUUGAUAAAGGGCCUGUUUUUCGCAUACCCAUCACUGUGGUGCAGCCAGCGACAGUUCCUCACAAUUUAUCCCUUCCAGAUCUCACGUUCAAAAAUGUCUUAUUCAAACCUAAUACUAUCCAGCGACACUUUAUCGUUGUCCCCGAUGAUGCCACGUGGGGAGUGUUGAGACUGAAGAGUGCUGAAAAAGAUAAGAAUGGUCGAUUUAUCAUUCAUACAAUGCAAGUGAAACCUCGUUUAUCCACGCAAACGCUGGAAGUCAACAAAAUGAUCAACAUUUCGUCGCAAUCGGAAACCGUCCAAGGUUUUGCGGUACAGGGCGGUUUAGUAUUGGAGGUUGCCAUUGCCAAAUAUUGGGCCAACAUAGGAGACGUUCUCGUCGAUUACUCCAUAGAAUUUCACGGUGUUCGCAUGAUCAAUGGUGGCCUCGCCAUGCAAUCCGGAGACGGUAUCCAUCGAUUGGAGCUUCGCAGUUCCUUGAGAAACGAAGAAAUCGUGCCUAACGUUACUCUCAAGCACUUUGUUCAGGUUUUAAGGCCGGUAGACUCAAAAAUCGGUCCUCUACGAGAACGAGACGUCAUUCCACCCGCCCGGCAAAUCUACGAGCUGCAAUUGACGUACCCAUUCCACAUCGCCAAGGCGACCGAAAUAACGCCCAAUGCCGCCUUGCUCAGUGAUUUGCUGUACGAGAACGAGUACGAGUGUCAAAUGUGGAUGAUUUACAACUGCAACAAGCAGCUCAUCUGCUGUGGAGACGCCUACCCCCACAAAUACACUCUUUCAAAAAUCGAGAAAGGUGAUUACACGUUGAAGCUGCAAGUGCGCCACGAAAAGAAAGAGUUGCUUGAUCGGCUGACCGAAAUGCCCGUUCUUCUCACGCAAAAAAUGAGCUCGCAAGUUAGUUUGGAUAUUUAUGCCAGCCAAGCGCAAGCCAUCAUCGGUGGCAAAAAAAUAGUUUCAGCUACAAUACCUGCCGGCCACACUUUGCCAAUAUACAUUGCGCCAUUGAGCAACGAAAGCAAAAUUUCGAAAGGUGCUACGUUGGGUUCAUACCUUCAAGGAUCAAUAACUUUCUGCAAGGACGAGAUUGGUAAAAAAGUUGAUGUACACACAUUUAAAUUCGUAUUAUCAGAGCCAGCUAAAAAGUCAACAGCAAAUCAGACAAAUAAAAAUGAUAAAGAAAAAACCACGAAGUGGGAUGAGUACAAUGAAGCUCUGCGGGACAUGAAGUGCAAUUGGCUUGCUAAGCUUGCUCCACCUUUGAAGCCCACCGAAACGACGCGUGAACUGUACAACGACCUCAAGCUCGACUACCCGGAGCAUCUGCCAGUGCACAUAGCCAUGCUGUCUUCCUUGGACUCGGCGGACGCGCCUCGGCUCGUGCCCCACGACGAUCUGGCCGAAAACGUGAUCAACUUCUCCGGGCAGAUGGUCAACAUCGCCGACGAGGUGAUCAAGUCCAUCGACCAGGACAAACUGCUCGCCUACUACGGCGCCAAAAACGAUCAGAGACCCGAUGCCGCCAAAAUCAAGGUGGCCAUGGACAAACAAAAGCAGUGCCUGAUCGAGGCCCUCGUGAAAAAAGGCGUUGCACUAGCUCGCCUCUACGUCCACAGCGCCAAAAAGAACGACGCGGAGGAGACCAAGGCCCUCUUCGAUAACGUCGACAACACGUGGAGGAACGUCCUCAAGUUCGCUGAACCGACGGACAGUAAGGUGAUUAUUCUUUCGUUGUGGCACGCUCACGUCAACAAACACAACGGCAGGUACAUAAAAUUGUUGAUUCGGUAUUACGAAGACAAACCAGUGAGGGACAUAGAUGACAAGCUCAUCGACCUCGCAAAAUCCUUGGGCUGGGAAUUCUUGGCUCGACACAUCACUAUGAAUUUACCAUCGAAAUAUCCAACGGCCCACAUUUUAUUUUGAUCGUAAGUGGUAAGUGCAAUGUGAUAAAUUAUAUUAUAACCGUACCACACAACUGUAAUUGUGCAGAAUGCAGAUCGACAAAGAUACAAAGUAGGUGUGUUUCUGUCGAAGUCGCGUGCGCAAAGAUAUAUAGCAGGAAAUAAAUGAAUACACAUUUUUGAUGUAACGUUAAAGUUCUUUAUUUAGAAAAAUUCGUUUGUUCGUUUUUGAAUUUCGUAGGAGUUGGCUUUACCUGCGGUCAUUUAUUGAAAUGAACGAAGCAUCUUUCAUUGAGAUUUCAUUUUUUAUCGCAUUGACAGAAGAAAAAAAAAACGAUCUGUGUUUUCCAAGGUGGUUAGAUUACAUUAUAUAAAAAAAUUUACCUUUAUGUUUUAGUAAAAAUUAUUUAGCACGAUUCACAAAAAGCAAUACAAGAGUAUCAGUCAUUAAAAUUAUACAUGAUCAUUAGUUACAAAAUGAGGUGUCCAUACUAAGAGAAGUGGAUUUCGAUGAUGACCAUGUUGGUUCUUGAUAAAAUUAAUUCAUAUCAACAUGAAAGACUGUCUGUUUUAAAAAUCGUUGAAAAAAUGUUGUAAUUUUAUAUAUGCGCAUUCACAAUAUCAAUCAAUGAAAUUACUAUACACGAAUACCGUUUAUAAAACGAUGACUGAUCACAUUCUAAUUGUAAUAAAAAUAUUAUUAAAACCA